UCCAGACCCUGGAUUCCUUAUUGAAUGGUUCCAUAUCCAAUGCCCCCACCGUAGGUCCUAGACCUGUUGGACCGAUGUCGCCGCGAUUGUUCCCACGUGGUCGCCGAAAGCGUCUGGCACCCACACCCUGCCUCCCUACCACGGAUUUCGAUUGCCGUUAGUGCGAGCUGGAAGGCGGGUGUCCCUGAACUCCCGGGCCAAGCACGUGAUCCUCACGUGGCGGUUGUCGCGGGCCUAUUUCUUCUAUUGCCUGGCAUGCUUCGGCGCCACGCUGUGCCUGCUCCUGUGGAACCUCUACAAGGGCUUCCGGGACGACUGGAGGCUGCCAGGCUGGAAGCACCACCCGUGGGAGGAGGCCAUGGAGGUGGCGCUCGCGCUGGUGGCCGUCGAGGCCCUGCUCACGAUGUGGAUGUACAGCGUGAUCCACGGCCUCUGGGAGUACUUCAGGGUCUGUUGGCACUGGCUGGACCUGGCGGUGGCGCUGCUGACCGUGAUCUCGGUGGCUUGCGCCCUGGAGAAGCUGGGCCGCUCGGAGCCGCAGGAGCGCGCGGACGCGCACCUGGUGCUGCUGAGGUUUGUGUUGCUCCCAGCACGCGUGGUGUUCCUCGCCUGGUACACGGCGCAGGCCAAGCAGAUCCAGCGGCAGGUCGACGAGCUGCCGGUGGACUUCGGCACGCUGGGCGUGUGCGGCCCGGCCUCGGCAAUCCAGCCUGGCCGGGCGACGGCCCGGGAGGGGCGCCGCUCUGUCCUGCAGGACGGGCGGCUGUAGCCCGCUGGCGGGCCUCGGCCGCCCGGGGGCCGCGGCCUGCGCGGCACCGUGCAGGCGAGCCGGCGCGGGGUGCCGCGGGCAGACGGCGGCGGUGCGCCCGGGCGCCCGAGCUGCAUGCCCCUCGAGUGCGCAGGCGCCAGGCCAGACGGCCCUCUUCCCUGCGGCCGCGGGCGGGCACGCCGAGCUGGUGGAGCUCCUCGUCGCGGUGCGCUGCGCCUUGGAGGCCCGAGGCAUGGCGCGGGCAGCCGCCGGGGCGUCGAGGAAGAGGCCGAUAGGCCUCCUACCCUGACACGUCGAUUAGCGAAUUGGCCGUUUUCGGUUCGCGAGAGGGCGUCGUGGCCGUCGUUUUUUGCGGGUCCAGGUCCGUCGGCUACGGUCCCAAGCCGUCUUCACUAAAGGGUGGUUUACUGCAGGGAGGUUUGUCCACCGCCG